GUGUCUUCUGCCCUGAAACCAACGAUUCCCUGUACUGCUGGCCAGUGACCCCAGCAAACAAAACCAUCUACGUGCCCUGUUCUUACCUGCUGCCUAGUGCGCACUCCGAUUAUUCAGAUCGCUUUGCCUUCAGAACGUGUCUUAGCGAUGGCACUUGGCUGAACAACUGGACCAACUACAGCGCUUGCGUUGAUGUUCCCUUUUCCUUCAGUAACUCUUCGGAUGAUGACUCUCAUUCUACAGAGGUGCGACUGGUGCAUGUAUUAAAGGAUAUCAUGAUUAUCACCACAAGUAUGUCACUCGCCUUUCUGCUCAUCGCUUUGUUUAUAUUCUCAUAUUUCAGAUCAUUACAAUGCAGCCGGAACUCCAUUCACAAAAACUUGGUUGGGUCUUUCAUUUUCCGGUUUGUGUUGGUGAUGGUGCUACUUCAACCGCACAUCAUUGGUAUAGGACCGUCGUAUCGAGACUUG